AGUUUGCUUAUAUGCAUCCUUAACAUAUAAUUCUAUAGGUGUAUGGAAUAAAUAAGAAUUGAGAGACCUGCACAAAUGUGAUCCAUCCUGUUCCCAUUUUGCUAACAGUUUGGAACUUUCAUAAUUUCUGGUUCUUGGCUAUUAAAAUAGUUGUAUUUAUUUAUUAUAUCUCCCAUGCACAUGUAUACACAUACACACGUACAACACAUGUGCAACUACAAAAACACAGUUGCCAACUUGCAAAAAACUAAAAUAUUUUGAACCCGUGAUCAUUUAAAUUUCAUGGUAUUAUAUAACAUCUCAAAUUAUGACGGUUUCUUCUUUUCCAAAUAUUGAAUAUUCGUUUAAAAUUGGAUGGAGAGCUCAUAGAAUUAAAUCAGGUUGAUUGAAGCGGAAGAGUGCUAUGGGGUUUCUAUUUGUGAUCCUCGCAUGCGUAAUAGAUUGAAGGGAAUAUUCUACUGCACAACAAUUAAGCCUGCACCAUCAUAUGGUGCAGAAUGUUGGGAAGUGAAACAAUGUCACACUCAUAAGAUGAAUGUGGCGGAGAUGCUUAUGUUGCGUUAGAUGUGUGUCCAUACAAGAAAGACUUGCUGAGAAAUGAAAUCAACUAAAGUGGUUUGGACAUGUAAGACAGAGACCGCUUGAUGCCGGUUAGAAGGCUUGAAGAGUGCCAAAGUGAUGGGAUUUUGAGGAGUAGAAGAAGACCUGGGCAAACUUGGAAAGGGGUGAUUGAGAGUGAUAUGAGUUUAUUGGGAUUGAGAAAGUAUCUAGGAAUGGUUGUAUGGGAGCUUGAUGUGCCUGCAAGAACUGCGAGUAAAGCUUCUCUGAAUAUAUAUCAUGAUCUGAUGGGUUCUUGUUACAUGAGCCAUAAAACCGAGCAUGUAUACUUUGGAACUUUCAUGGGAUCUAAACAAGUUUUGUGCAUAGUCCAUCAUCAACGACUUUAGUUUCCUAAUUAUCAUUUAAUUCUUAAAGAAAAUGCCACUUUUUUUUCAAUUUAUACUUGGCUUUG